AUGGAUCAAUUACUGAAGGAGUUAAUCACAGAUUGGUUACAGAAAAGGAACAUUUCCACGGAAGACGAUUUGAAUAGAGGGAUAUGGCAGGACAUGCACGACAUGUUCCAAGAAUUCGUAGGACAUAUGAAUAAUGAAGGGGACGAUACCUUAGAAAUGAUAUGCACGGAGGGCACCAGCAGUAAAGACAUUACGGCGGAACAAAUGCCAUUAUGCCAGAACAUUGUGCGCGUCAUAUCUUAUAUGGAAGAGAGAUUAGAUAGUGAACAAAUGAGAAGCAGGGCAAAAGAAACUGACAGAGGGGUGAAGACCACCAUGCGGUGUAUAAUAGGGAAAGUGAAUCUGAUGGCACUACGGCAGCAAUAUUGCCGGGCGGACAGAAUGUGGGCAUAUAUAACGGCAAAGGCGCAAGAGCUGGCUAAGGACUUGGACCAGGACGGAGGAGCUAAAAGUGAAAAGUGUAAUGCGUGGAAUAUACGUGGUUUAAGGAUGGGUGGAAAGACUAUAGAAGAAGAAAUUAGAAAAUGGAUAUCGGAGAGUGCGAUUUACGGCGGCCUCGAGAAUCUUGGGGAGUGUAAGGAAGGACAGGGCGACAGCGGCACCGUACAAUAUAAGAGUAGGCAGCAGAUAACAGGAAGCAUAGUAGACCGGACGAAGACAUUGACACAGCAGAUUGAAACGAUUGUAACGAAGGUGAAGGAGGUGCUGGAAGCGGUGACAGGACAGACGGAGGAUAUAGUUCACAAGGUGACGCAGGACGUGACGGAGGAUAUAGUUCAGAACGUGACGAAGGAGGUGAAGGAACAAUUACAGAAAAAACCAGGCGCAGCGAAACCGGCGGCGACGAAAUCGGAAACCACAAAGCCGGCAGUGGGUACUGAGGACCAAACUGAAGGAAAGGACACAGAAUCGGAGAACACACCCUCAGAAUCGAAACCAGCAGAGUCACCAACACGAUCAGAUCCCUCGGCUGGGGACGGCCUCCCCGCUGCGGGACUACCGGCCACAGGAGGAACAGCCGGGGAAGGACCAGGUCAAGGACCAGGACCUGGACAACAACCCCCACCUCCACCUCCACCGCGACAACCACAAGGGGUAGAGGGAGCCGGACACGAUACGACACUGCAACCCACAGUAGUGCAGAAUCCAACAACAGCAAAAGGUAAGGACACAAAGGCAAAGUGUACUAAGGUCUUGCAAACUGAGACACACAAAGGACGACAGCCAGGAGGGUUCAUCACAAUUAGUAGAAUCCAGCCGGAUACUUCACCCGGAUGUUCUGACACCGGUGAAGACAAGACACCGGAUGUUGUGGAUGAUUCUAAGGAGGAACUAUCAAAGACAGAUACUAAAGAACCUGAUCAAGUAGAAGGCUCAGUGCCAACACAGACACCAGUGCAGGACCCAGCCGCAGAACCAGUAGAAACAGUAACAGCAGCCACAGACCCAGGAGCCGGAGACUUGCCUACGCCAGGGCCAGAUCAAUCGCAGCCACCAGUACCGUCACCAGGGGAUCCAGCCUCAGCGUCAAACUCAGGUAAUGAUGACCCCCCUCCUCUCAAUCCACCCAAACCAAAACCGAACCCGAACCCAAAUCAAUCGGAUGCAAGCGGCAGCGGCACCAGCGGCGGCGGCAGCACCGGCCAACCGCCCGCAGCAGGUGCUGGAAGUGGUGCUUCUGGUGAGGAAGGAAAAGGUGCAGGGCCUGCGGGUGCAGCAGGACCUCCUGCAGUUGGUGGUGGACGAGGAGGAGGAGGUGGUGGAACACGUGGAGCAGGUGACUUCGGAUUAGACUUGCAGUUCCCACAACCAAAAAGUAACUUAGGAGGAUCAUAUGGACUAUGGACACCACCUGAUGCAUCCGGGGGAUCACAGUCAACGGCCCCCCUUGAACCUCGUUUCCCUGAUGAACCCAAAACUACCCCCCAUCCGUGCGACCCCACGGAUCUCAUCCCCUACACCCCCGCGAUCAUUCCAGCGGUGGUCGGUAUUGGGCUCCUUGCGUUCUUCCUAUGGAAGCUACAUCUAGAAGUGCUCAACGAAUGUGAAGCGGCGGAAUGGCAAAACGUCAAACACGACUAUUGGCAGAUACUCGUGGAGCAGUUUGCGCAGGAGUUGAUGCGGGACGACCCCAGGAAUAAUAAUAUCUUGGGCUCCGGUAACGCAGUCACAGAGACACCCACAUGUGCGGAUCCUAAGACCGACAUCACACACAUACCCACAUGUAAAGCAGUCAUAGACACACCCACAUGUGAUCAUCCUCAGCCCGACAUCACACAACACACAGUCACAAACGACACAGUCACAGACAUACCCACACGUGACGCACUCACAGACACACCCACAUGUGAGGAUCCUAAGCCCGAAAUCACAGACAUACGCACAAGUGACACAGUCACAGACAGAACCACAUGUGACACAGUCACAGACAGAACCACAUGUGACACAGUCACGGACAUACCCACAUGUUACACAGUCACGCACAUACCCACACGUGAUGAUCCUAAGCCCGACAUCACAGACAGCCCCACAUGCGACACAGUCACAGACACACCCUCACAUGAACCUCCAAAGCCCGCAAUCAUACAUCCACACAACAACGCCCCAGUCACAGACACACCCACAUGUGCUGAUCCUAAGCCCGAAAUCACAGACAUACCCACAUGUAACGCAGUCACACACGACACAGACACAGACCAAACAGUCCUGCACAUACCCCCAUGUGACACCGUCAAGCACACCACCACAUUCAUAGAACAGUGCGAGCUCGAAAGCCGUCUGCAGGAGAACGAGUUAUAUGUGGAUGAACUGCUGGACCAGCUCUGA